UCUUCCUACUCACUUCACCGCCUUCUCUUCUCUGACCAUAAGAGACUUCCUUUCCCUCCAAUGUCGACGCUCGUUGAGUCGGCUGUAGGCGACGCAGGUCCCCCGGUGCUGAAGCAAGCGGUACUCGAUUUGGGCCUGUCCUGGGAUGACGCGCUUUGUGAGCCGUUUCUUCAACUUGCUGCGCCGCUUGACGAAUACAUCCUCACACCACUCAGAAAAGAGGACGCUCCCCGAAUGCUAGAGGUACUCAAUGACGGCCGUGUCUACCCCAAGCUUGCCAACGUCCCUCACCCGUACACACCCGAGCACGCCGCAAAGUGGGUCCCAAUCCAAAGAGAACAGGCGAGGGCCAGUCUCGCUCACCUCGCUCGAUCCGCCAUUCGCGAUGGGCUUACAACCCUGCCGGUCCAUGCGAUCCGACACCGAUCCAUCUCCUCUGGCUGUGCAACGUGGAUCGGCGAUGUCAAGUUUUACGUCCCAGAUGGCUCGACAACAUGGCAAGUUGGAUACCUCCUCGACCCAGCACACUGGUCAAAAGGGGUCAUGACACAUGCCGUCCGGUCGCUGCUCUCGCUUCUCCAGCGUAUCACCGUUUCGAGAGCUGAGAACCAAGAAGGGAGAAGACUGCUCGAGGUCAAAUCGAGCGCGUAUAAGGGCAACGAGGCAUCAGUGCGCGUGCUUCAAAAGGCUGGCUUCACACUGAUGUCGCUGCCUGAGCAAGAUGAUGAGGCUCGUUGCAAAGGUGCGAUUCCAGAGUACAAGCUCCUCUACAGGCUGUAACACUAGGGAUACUCGAUCCCUAGUCGAUCCAUCUCUUCUUUGAUCGCCAUGGCCGUCUCGCCAAUGGUGCCCGUGACACGCACGCCUGACGCCAUCCACCUUUUGCGCUUCUGCAAGGCAGAGUGGGCGGAACCAUCGUGGUAGAUUGCACCAGAAUGGCCGUAGGAUCUCCCUUCGGGAACGCCGAGGCCUGCAAUGAAGCCCACGAUGGGUUUGGACGGUGGUGAAGGGAGAGAGUCGAGAUAGUCGGACACGUCCUCCUCCAUCGUGCCUCCCACCUCGCCAACAAUGAUGAUGCCCUUAGUCGUGGGAUCGUUUAGCAGAAAUUCUAGAGCCUC